AUGAGCGAUGGCACGACGUUCACGUACACGAACACGUUUGGCGGUGAUUGGGCUGAAGAUCCCACGAGCCCUUUUGCUUCUGGUGGCAAGGCGCAAAGUUGGAGUAAGCGUAUCGGCUCGGAAGAGUGGGUCUGGGGCCAGGACGUGGCCCGUGGCGUCAACCUAGGUGGAUGGCUAGUGACAGAGCCUUUCAUUUGCCCCGCUCUUUACGAAAAAUACGUGAAUAAGAGUGACAUUGUUGUCGUUGAUGAGUGGACCCUGGCCCUGGCCAUGGACAAAAACCUGGCAUCAGAAAUGGAGGAGCAUUACAAGACGUUCAUUACCGAACAGGACUUUGCAGACAUCGCGGGUGCCGGUUUGAACUGGGUUCGGAUCCCUCUCGGGUUUUGGGCAAUUGAGACCAUUGGCGAUGAGCCGUUUCUUGUCGGUACCUCAUGGACAUACUUCCUCAAGGCUAUCGAAUGGGGUAGGAAGUAUGGCAUCCGCAUCUUCCUUGACUUACACGCACUCCCUGGAAGUCAAAACGGUUGGGUCUGUCAUGGCACUAUGGGAAUAGCCAACGCGGAACGCACGCUCACAUAUCUCCGAAUCCUUACAGAGUUCGUCAGCCAAGAUCAGUACCGUGACGUUGUAGGAAUUGUGGGCAUCGUCAACGAAAUCCUGUGGGCAACUAUCGGACAAACUUCCGUGCAGAGUUUCUAUUACGCGGCAUACCAAGCCAUCAGAACCUCAACUGGCAUUGGUUCCGGAGCUGGACCCUAUAUCGCAAUCCAUGAAGGAUUCCAGGGGGUAAGUCGUAUCUUACUCAUUACGGUAUUCCUAUCUGGUGCCGACCGUAUCGCACUAGAUCAACACCCUGUACGUCUCAUCCCGUCCCCUUCGUCCUUCUACUUGGCGUUCACUGGCGAUCACACCAGUUCUGCCUGGGCAAUUGCUACAAACCAGUCUUCGAAAGCUUUCGGUGUCACUUUGGGCGGCGAGUGGUCUACUGCAGUGAACGACUGUGGCUUAUGGCUGAACGGAAUUGGUUCUACGCCUGGCUAUCCGGACUGUACCGUUUGGGAUGACUGGACUUCGUACAACGCCAGCACUAUUGCAGGUCUCAAGAACGUCGCCUUAGCAUCCAUGGACGCGCUCCAGAAUUUCUUCUUCUGGACGUGGAAGAUCGGGAAUUCUACCCAGCUAGGAACGUCUUCCAGCCCCCUAUGGCAUUAUCAACUGGGCGUGAAGCAAGGAUGGCUUCCGCAAGAUCCACGGGAAGCCAUCGGCCACUGUGCAAGUGUUCUCAGUUCAUCUCAGAUAUUCGAUGGGAGCUAUCCCGCAACAGCAACCGGUGGAGUGGCUGCACAGACAUCGUCACAUGCUUUCCCCCCGCCUUCGCUGUCUCCGUCCUUCUCACCGUCUCAGAUGUCCCUCCUCCCGACUUAUACCGCGACGGGAACGAUAAAGACCCUGUUCGCACCUACGUUUACUGCCGCGCCUAAAGCGACGGUAGGUAGCGGCUGGAAUAACUCCGCUGAUACGCAGUUGGCUUAUGUAACUGUCGCAGGAUGCUCUUAUCCCGACCCAUGGAACGCGGUCAACGCCACACUCCCUACUGCAACUUGUACGGGGUCAUAA